AUGUCAUCGCCAUCGCCAGCCGCCGUCGAUGCCUUCGCCGCCCGGCCUUGGCGGAAGUUCCUUGACCCUGCAAGUCUUAGCCUUCCCAUCUCACUUUCUGAAACCAGCUUUCGCAUCACCCAAAACCUCCGCUACUUCUAUUCCAACUACGCUCUCCUGUCUCUCCUCGUAUUCCUCCUCACGCUUCUUCCUCGUCCUCUCUCUUUGAUACUUUUCCUCUGCAUUUUUUCGGCAUACAUAUACUUACUCUUGUCGCGCAGCGAGCCCUUGACUGUCCUCGAUCACACCAUUGACCAGAAAAUCAUACUGGGUUUUCUUCUUGUACUCACUCUUGUUGCUGUUUUAUGGACCAAAGUUUGGUGGAAUAUUUUUAUUUCUUCGAUUAUUGGGGCGGUGAUUGUUUUUCUUCACGCUGUUUUGAGGGCGCCGGAGGAGGUUGAGGAGGAUUCGCCAUAUGGGUCUUUGCUAAAUGUUGUGGAUGAUCCUAGGGGAGACUAUGCUAGUGUUUGA